AUGUCACAGCGGUCCGGUGCCGCUUCGGCGGGUACGAAUGGCCAGGCCUCGAAGGACACGCCAUCGCAGAACCUACCAGCCAUUGACAAGCAAAAGAUGCUUCUUUCUGCAGACGUGGGCCACUUCUCGCUGGUGCGGGCCAUGCACCUCGCAGAUCUCAUUACUCUCAUGAACGGCUUCUGCGGUGUCAUGUCCAUUUUCUCGUCGCUACAGUCCUGCCUUGACGCAGCCAACCGGGACUCGCAUCUGUGGUGGGCGCUGGCCUUUUUGCCGUUUGGCCUGUUCUUUGACUUCUUUGACGGCAAGGUCGCUCGAUGGAGGAAGAAGAGCAGCCUCAUGGGCCAGGAGCUGGAUUCUCUCGCCGAUUUGAUCUCGUUUGGUGUCGCUCCCGCCAUGGUGGCUUUCUCACUUGGUCUUCGAACCCGCGCCGAUACCGUUGGCCUAACCUUCUUUGUCCUCUGCGGCUUGACCCGACUUGCCCGUUUCAACGUCACCGUCGCAGUCUUGCCCAAGGAUGCCACUGGCAAGAGCAAGUACUUUGAGGGCACGCCCAUCCCGACGUCGCUGGGCUUGGAUGCCAUCAUGGCCUACUGGCUGCAGCAGGGCUGGAUCCUGGACAACAUUCCCUUUGGCACCUUGUUUGAGGGCACCGCGCUCGAGUUCCACCCCGCCGUGCUUUUGUUCAUGAUCCACGGCUGCAUGAUGACCAGCAAGACGAUACGCAUUCCGAAGCCCUAA